CGCAAACAGUCUCCGCCCCGCCGCCUGCCGAAGCUCCGCUUUGACGCUGUGUUUGCUCGCUGUUUGUUUUCGGGCGUUCGUUUUAUUUGUUGCUCGUCGGGCGGAGCGUCAUGCUGUAUGUGAUCGGCCUUGGUCUCGGCGAUGCCGCCGACAUCACGGUGAAAGGUUUACGGGCUUUGAAGAGCUGCUCGCGCGUUUAUCUGGAGGCCUACACUUCCGUUCUAGCAGACAGCCAGGGGGCGCUGGAGGAGUUCUACGGGAAAGCCGUCAUCCUGGCCGACAGGGAUCUGGUGGAACAAGGAGCUGAUGAGAUCCUGAAGGACGCUGAUGUCACUGAUGUGGCCUUCCUGGUGGUUGGAGACCCAUUCGGAGCCACCACACACAGUGACCUGGUCCUGAGAGCAGUGAAUGCUGGGAUACCUUACCAAGUCAUCCACAACGCUUCCAUAAUGACUGCAGUCGGCUGCUGUGGCCUGCAGCUGUAUAAUUUUGGUGAGACAGUGUCCCUGGUGUUCUGGACAGAAUCAUGGAGACCCGAGAGCUUCUACGAGAAAAUCUGCAAGAACCGAACCGCCGGACUCCACACGCUGUGUCUGCUGGACAUCAAAGUGAAGGAGCGCUCCAUCGACAACAUGAUGAGAGGGAGGAAGAUCUACGAGCCGCCUCGCUUCAUGAGCGUCAGUCAGGCCGCCACCCAGCUGCUGCAGAUCAUCCAGAGGAGGCGGGAGCAGGGGGAGGAGCUAGGCCUCACGGAGGAGACUGUGUGUGUGGGUGUGGCCAGGGUCGGUGCUGAAGAUCAGGUGAUCCGCACAGCGACCUUACAGCAGCUGGAGUCGUGUGACCUGGGCGCGCCACUUCACUCACUGAUUGUGACGGGUCGGCUCCACCCACUGGAGGUGGACAUGCUGCGACUCAGCGCCGAGCCGAACGUGCUGCAACACCUUCACAUGAUUGACAGCUCCACAUACACGUCAUAGAGUACAAUACAUAUAAAAUAUGAAAACUUGCAUCAGGGAAUGUGUUUGGUUCAUUGAAGCCCCGCAACAAUAACAGUCCAGCCUCUGUUGCUGCGCCCUCUGGUGGUUAAAAUAAAUGAUCACAUGAAUGUGUUUACGUU